AUGCAUGUUAUGAAUUGUGUCUCCCUGGCCAGUGAUAAAGAAAAUGGGAAUAUCGCCACGGCAGCUGGAUUCAUGAUUGGGCAGGAGUCACCCCCAGCAUCUCCUCCGCCUCCUCCUCCACCCCCUCCGCCUCCACCAUGUCUGUACUCAGGGGAAGGACUUUCCCCCUCGCCGCCGCCUCCCCCACCGCCUCCGCUCCCUGGGGGCCCUCCUGGCCCCCCUCCCCCUCCAGGGCCACCCCCCACUUCUCACAUGAAUGGCUACAGUUCCCUGGGUAAGAAGAGGAUGAGAAGCUUUUUUUGGAAAACCAUUCCGGAGGAGCAAGUUCGUGGCAAGACCAACAUCUGGACCUUGGCCGCCAGGCAGCAGCAUCACUACCAGAUUGAUGCCAGGACGAUCGAGGAGCUCUUUGGGCAGCAGGAAGACACCACCAAGUCUUGCCUCCCCAGGAGAGGAGGACCUUUAAAUUCAUCCUUCAGGGACGCUCGGGAAGAGAUUACCAUCUUAGAUGCAAAACGGAACAUGAACAUUGGGAUAUUUCUUAAGCAAUUUAAGAAGUCUCCYCAGUCCAUUGUGGAAGAUAUUCAUCAAGGAAAGAGYGAGCAUUACGGAUCAGAGACGUUGCGAGAAUUUCUGAAGCUUUUGCCAGAGUUGGAAGAGGUGAAGAAGCUGAAAACRUUCAGUGGCGACGUGUCCAAGCUCUCCCUGGCAGAUUCCUUUCUGCACUGCUUAAUUCAGGUGCCAAACUAUUCACUUCGGAUUGAAGCCAUGGUGCUAAAGAAGGAAUUUUUACCCUCCUGUUCUUCCCUGUACACAGAUAUAACAAUUUUAAGAACUGCUACAAAAGAGCUGAUGUCCUGUGAGGAGCUACACUCAAUAUUACACUUGGUGCUCCAGGCUGGGAACAUCAUGAAUGCAGGAAGGUAUGCUGGCAAUGCGGUAGGAUUCAAACUAUCUUCUUUGCUCAAAUUGGCAGACACAAAAUCCAACAAACCUGGGAUGAAUCUUCUGCACUUUGUCGCACAGGAAGCCCAGAAGAAAGAUGCCAACCUUCUAAACUUUUCUGGAAAGCUGCAUCAUGUUCAGGAGACUGCUAGAUUGUCUCUGGAUAACACGGAGGCAGAACUGCACUCGAUCUUUGUCAGGACUCGAUCGCUGAAGGAAAACAUCCAGCGSGACGCGGAGCUCCGGCAGCAGAUGGAAGACUUCCUCCAGUUUGCGCUGGAAAAGCUGACAGAGCUGGAGCACUGGAAACAGGAGCUGCAGGGCGAGGCUCACACACUUAUAGAUUUCUUCUGUGAAGACAAAGAAACCAUGAAACUGGAUGAGUGCUUCCAGAUAUUCAGAGAUUUCUGUACCAGAUUCAACAAAGCAGUUAAGGACAACCAGGACCGGGAGGUGCAGGAGCUGAGGCAGCUGCAGCGGCUGAAGGAGCAGGAACAGAAAAGGCGUUCCUGGGCAAGCGGGGAGCUCGGCUUUGCCCGGAGCAGCAGUGAGAACGACGUGGAGCUGCUGACCAAGAAGGGUGCAGAGGACCUGAGCCCUUUCCUGCACCCCAGGCCCAUCAGUCCCUCCUACCGGCCCCCCAACACGCGCCGCUCCCGCCUCUCCCUGGGCACCUCUGCUGACCGCGAGCUGCUGACCUUCCUGGAGAGCGGCACCGACAGCCCCGAGGCGCUCAACAAGUUCAACAGCUUGCCCCGGAGGAGCCCCCGGCAGCCCCGGCCCCUGGUAGCCUGGAUGGAGCCUGGAGAACCACGGGGUGGAGGCCCCAGUGGGGCACAAGAACCUCGGGCCCCAGAGGGCCAAGAGAAAGCCACCGAGCUGCCCUCCGCUCGGCAGAGCCAGCCUCCAGCCCCGCAGCCCGAGGAGCCCGCCUCUGCUUUCCCCCGAGCCGCACGCACAGGGGCCGGCCUCCUCCGGAAGAGGAACAGCGAGCCCGUGGGCUUGGGUCCGGCCUGGGCCCCUCYACUCCCGCCACUGGCUCUGGGCAUUAAGGAGCAUGAGCUGGUGACAGGGCUGGCCCAGUUCAGCCUCCAGGGUCCCAAGGUCCCGGAGGAGACAUCCCCUUUGACCCUGAGUGACUGCAGCCCCGUGGAGCUCGCAUCUUUGGGUGACGGGAACCCGCCGUCCCUCGGUGCUGGCCGUGACAGUUUGACACCUGUGGGCAGAGGUCMCCAGGAAGGACCCCGCCCAGCCCCGGAGGAUGACCGGGCUGCCCCCGAGGAGCCCAGCGGCGCAGCUGUGGCGUCUGUGGGCAGCAGUGACCCCGAGAGCAAGGACCCCGGGCCGCCGUUGUGUGUCUCGGACCCCACCGACUGCUCGCUGACCCUGGACUGCUCCGAGGGAGCCGACUCCAGACACGGGCAGGGGGAGCCCGAGGAGGAGAGGGAAGGGGACGGCUCUGUGUCCUCCGGACUUGGGGACAUGGGGGGCAGCCAGGCGUCCUCCAACCCUGCUCCCAGCACUCCGGGGGAGGCGCCUUCUCCCCUCUCCAUGAAGAGCGAGCCGGGCUCCAAGGGUGACCUUCCCAGGGACAGACCUAGCAAAGGGAAGGACGCUGCAGGACCAAAGAGAAACUCCCUCAAAGAGGCGUCUCUGGGGGCCGCCAAGCCUGGAGCUGCCCGGCGGAGCCCGGGGGCCGCGCCCAAGCCCGUGCGCACCCUGACGGCCUCGGAGAGCGAGAGCAUGCGCAAGGUGGUGCCCAUUUCCAGGGCCAGCAGGGCCCCCGGGGGCUGGAAGCGGCCCGAGCAGCCGUCCCGGCGGGACGCCCCCAGCAGCACAGACACACUGUCGCGCCGCAGCUCCGUGAAGGGGACCUCAGACACGUCGCCCAGGAGGGCCUCCACGGGGGCCGGGGCCACAGUGGCCGAGGAGCAGAGACUGUCCCGGGGCAGCAGCACCCGGCUGGGGAAGGAGCCCCCGCUGCAGCCCAGGGGCUCCCUCAAGAAGCCCAGCGCCAAACCCCUCAGGAACCUCCCCAGGCAGAAGCCCGAGGAGAGUAAGGUCCCCGAGAGCCCCGAGGAAGAGCCCAAGGCCCCGCCCGCCCCCAGUGUCCCCCGCGUCCCACCCCCUGUCCCCAGCUUUGCCCGAAACACAGUGGCCUCCUCCUCUCGGUGCCAGAGGACGGAUCCCCCGGCCGUGGCCAAAGGCCCCGGCAUCACUCGGACGGUCUCCCAGCGGCAGCUGAGGGUCAAGGGCAGCCCUGAGGACGCGGCCUCCAAGGACAGCGGCAGCCUGAGGCGGGCCAGCAGCGCCCGGGCUCCCAAGAGGGGCCCCGAAUCUGCCGAGAGUCCCGCUGCCGACGCGGAGGCCCCUCUGAAGGGCAGAGGGCUCGGGGAAAGGGCCUCCCUUAGACUGAAGGAUUCGGGUCGGACCACACUGGGGAGGGUCCUGAAUCCAUUGCGCAAGUGA